UAUUGUUAAAUAGAUUAUUAUUGUUGAUAUUUCAGGAUAAUGAAACCCUCUUUCACCUUUUUAAUAUCUGGCCUUUUUCUGGCUUACGUUGGACAUUCCAUCUGGACAAUUUAUGGGAUCUUUUUUCCUACACCAUGCCCACCAAAAAGUAACUGCAUCAAGCCAUACCUUGCUCAAAAGCCACAGCUAGAGUUAAGGAUUUAUACAUCAUUGAAAGAAACUCUUACCUCAGAGAAGAAUGCCAAGUUGUUAUGGAAGUUGGACGACUUUGAUCCAAGUGAGAAUAUUGAAAAAACUUUCAAUGUCACUCUCCCUGCGAAGACCAGGAAUAAUGGCACACUAUACGUCCAUGCCCUAGUGUGCCGUAGGGGUCAGUCCCCCUUUGGCCCCUGGACAGUGCUGGCAUCCAGCAGGUUGACCACUUAUGCUGUGCCUAAAGCAGAAACUUUUAAUCUAAUGGGCGGUGCAGAAGAGGCACUGUCUAAUACAAGGAUAGUGGGCAAGACGCAGACCCACUGGAGGAAAAAACUAACAGUUAAUGUCAUGAAUGAUGACAUAGCAUUUGACAGGAUGGGCAUCCCAGGAGAGAUUUACAAAAUACUCAGGGUUUCCCCAAAUGGUGACUAUCUUCCUCUUUUAUACAUUGACCAACUGGGAUUUAGGAUCAAAGAUAUUUUGUUGGUGAAUGCAAGUUCCAAGGAGAUGCCUCUCACCAUUAACUACUUUCCUAUCUCAGUUGGAAAACUCAGAAUGUGGCUCCACCUGGAGGAAUCCAUGAAUAGUCUGCAUGCUUUAGGAUUUUCAGAGAAGGAUACAGAUGAAGUAAAGGGUAUAUUCGCAGACACUAACUUCUACUUUUUAGCACUCACCUUUAUUGUGGCAGCAUUCCAUUUACUGUUUGAUUUUCUUGCCUUCAAAAAUGACAUCAGUUACUGGAGAAACAGGGACACAAUGGUAGGGUUGUCUGGACGUGCAGUCCUGUGGCGAAGUAUAAGCACAUUCAUCAUUUUUCUGUAUUUAAUGGAUGAAGAAACAAGUUUACUGGUUUUAAUUCCUGCAGGCAUUGGUACAAUAAUAGAGAUGUGGAAAGUUACUAAGGCAUUUAAAGUACAGAUUUUAUGGAACCGGUGGAAACCAACUUUCCAGCUUGGAGCCACCUCAGAAAAAGAAAAAGAAACAGCAGCUUUUGAUUCUGAGGUAUAG